AUGGGCGCGCUGGCCUGGGCGCUCCUGCUGCUGCUGCUGCUACUGGCCCAGUGGCUGCUGCUGCGCGCGGCCGCGGCCCCUGCGCCCUUCGCGCUGCCCCUCCGAGUGGCCGUGGCCGCGGCUCCCCCGGGCUCGCCGGCCCCCGCGCCCCGGACCCCCGUGUUGCCCCGCGCCGAUGGCCUGGCGCUCGCCCUGGAGCCCGCCGGGGCCGCCGCCAACUUCCUAGCCAUGGUGGACAAUCUGCAGGGGGACUCGGGGCGCGGCUACUACCUGGAGAUGCUGAUCGGGACCCCGCCGCAGCAGCUACAGAUUCUCGUCGACACUGGAAGCAGCAACUUCGCUGUGGCAGGUGCACCACAUUCCUACGUUGACUCCUACUUUGACUCAGAGAGGUCCAGCACAUACCAGUCCAAGGGCUUCGAUGUCACUGUGAAGUACACACAGGGCAGCUGGACGGGCCUCGUGGGCCAGGACGUCGUCACCAUCCCCAAAGCCUUCAACUCUUCCUUUCUUGUCAACAUCGCCGCCAUCUUUGAGUCAGAGAAUUUCUUUCUGCCUGGGAUUAAGUGGAAUGGAAUCCUUGGACUCGCUUACGCCUCCCUGGCCAAGCCAUCAAGCUCCCUGGAGACAUUCUUUGAUUCCCUGGUGACCCAGGCCAAGAUCCCUGACGUCUUCUCCAUGCAGAUGUGCGGGGCCGGAUGGCCAGUAGCCAGAUCGGGUACCAACGGAGGUAGUCUUGUCCUGGGUGGGAUUGAACCGAAUUUGUAUAAAGGUGACAUCUGGUAUACCCCCAUUAAGGAGGAAUGGUAUUAUCAGAUAGAAAUCCUGAAACUGGAAAUCGGAGGCCAGAGCCUUAACUUGGACUGCAGAGAGUACAAUGCGGACAAGGCCAUUGUGGACAGUGGCACCACACUGCUGCGCCUGCCCCAGAAGGUGUUUGAUGCGGUGGUGGAUGCCGUGGCCCGCACAUCUCUGAUUCCAGAGUUCUCCGACGGUUUCUGGACGGGCGCCCAGCUGGCGUGCUGGACCAACUCCGAGACGCCGUGGGCGUACUUCCCGAAAAUCUCCAUCUACCUGCGAGAGGAGAACUCCAGCCGGUCCUUCCGCAUAACUAUCCUGCCUCAGCUUUACAUCCAGCCCAUGAUGGGUGCCGGCCUGAACUACGAAUGCUACCGAUUCGGCAUCUCCCCCUCCACCAACGCGCUGGUGAUCGGCGCCACCGUGAUGGAGGGCUUCUAUGUGGUCUUCGACCGAGCUCGCAGGAGAGUGGGCUUCGCAGCGAGCCCCUGUGCAGAGAUCGCAGGCGCCCCGGUGUCCGAGGUUUCCGGGCCCUUCUCCACCGAUGGCAUCGCCAGCAACUGCGUUCCCGCCCCGGCCCCGGGCGAGCCGCUGCUGUGGUUCGUCUCCUACGCGCUGCUGAGCGCCUGCGGGCUCAUCCUCCUGGUGCUCAUCAUCCUGCUGCUGCUGCCCUGCCGCCGCCGCCCGCCCCGCGACCCCGAGGUCAUCAACGACGAGUCCUCCCUGGUCAGGCACCGCUGGAAAUGAGGCCUGGUGACCUCGGAGCCGGCGACCCGACCCCAGCUCUUCCCUCUCCGGCAGCAGGCGCCGGGAGUGGGCAGGGCCCUUCCUGCCUGCGUGGCCCGGAAACUUGGUUCUGCUCCCAGAGGCCUCCACCUUCACUGUAUCUCCAGUCUUGAUUUUAAGCUUCCACUUUUUCCUUCCUACUUCCAAGAAAAAAAAUGAUAAUAAAAAGACAUGCCUCCUUCCAAGCCAAAACGGAGUGGAUUGGGCUUCAGGCUCAUGGCACGGGCUGCCCGGAUGGCCACCCAGCAGGCAGCGGCAAGCUGCGGCCCAGCACCGGCCCUGGAGCCCCGCGUGCCUGUGGUUCCCAACUCCGCUCACUGGCAGGAAGCUUUUCUAUUAACUGACUUUCAGUCGGGUGGCACAGAAGGCGCCUCAUGCCGCCACCUUCCUCCCUUCCUGGCCUUCGGGGGCCCAGCCUGGCCCACAGAGGAAGGCCUGGCCCACCCGGGGGGUUGGGACCACAGCUGCCUUCUGCACCAGCGCCCCUGUGGCUCGGUGGGUGUCAAAGUAAAAGCACUACCUCUCGGUGGCUUUGCCCAGGGCAUGGUGGGGUGUGGCAGCCUGAUUCCACAAGAGCCCUCCUGGGGGGUGACAGGGGCUAAGCUGUGCCCCACCCGGAAGUUCUGUUACCAAGCUGGGCGUGACCACCUAACUUACUCUUUUUUUUUUUUUUUUUUUUUUGUGGUACCAAGGAUCGAACUUGUGCUUGCAAGGCAGGCACAGCGCCACUGAGCUAAAUCCCGGGCCCCUAAUUUACUUUUGCUCUAGAUUAAACAAUGCUUUGCUGAGGAACACAGA